GGCCCUCCAGGUCCUAAGGGGGAUCAAGGACCUGUUGGAAAGACUGGAGCCAAAGGACCUCAAGGAGCUAAAGGGCAAAGGGGACAGGAUGGGUCUGGCAGUUCAGGGGUGAAGUAUGUGCGCUGGGGAAGGACCACAUGUCCUAGCGGGGCACAGAUAGUCUAUAAAGGUAAAGAGACAAAAAAAAAAAGACGUACUGUAAACAAGUUCCUGUUCCCUGAUAAUUCAAGUAUCUGGUAAUAGAUCAAUUUUUGAUGCUGAUACCUAAGCUGCAGAUAAGCGCACUGUGACAUUAUUAUUGGAUGAGGUUUUUAUGAUAUCCGGAAUCAGUAAUCAAGGUCGAGGUACUACGGUUCUGAAAGGCAAUCUGGACAACAAAACUCUAAGGCUAUAAGAAAUUGCAAGCAAACAAAAUACGGAACAAGCGACUAAUAGAAUAGAAAAUGUGGAUUGAAAAUGUCUUACAUACCUAAUUGGUGAACUUUAACGCCAUGGAAAUGCGCGCAUGCAGUUGAACUGUAAUAUACAAACUAGCUACUAGCGUAAGUCGCUUAUAAUAAAGCAAAUUAGGAUAACAAGCUUACAAUGUGGCUUUAAUGAGUUUUUGUGAUUAUUCUCCGUUUGCUUCAUACAGGUAUAAUGGGUGGAGAGCAUUUCGGUCACCGUGGAGGCGGUACAAACUACCUUUGCCUUCCACAUAAGCCAAAGUAUGACAGAUACAGAGAUGGCGUCCAGACUGGGGGAUAUAUGUACGGCACUGAAUAUGAAGUAAGUGCGGUCGUUGGCACUGUUUUCAAAAGAAAUAUCCAUGACCAUGAUGCUGUCUGUGUUGUCUGCUUUGUUAAGUCACGUGGCUCAAUGCUAAUGAUGCCCGCCAGGAAUGACUGUCCGUCUGGAUGGACCGAAGAGUAUCAUGGGUACCUGAUGACUGAACACUACAGGCAUAAUCACUCAAAAGAUUUCAUCUGCCUUGACGGGGAUCCAGAAUAUGUUCCUGGUAGCCAAGCAGACAGAAAUGGUGCUUUGCUGUGGCCUGUGGAGGGUAGAUGCGGCUCGCUACCGUGUCUUCCUUAUGUUGAGGGUCGAGAGUUGACAUGCGCCGUGUGCACUAAGUGA